AGUGAACUCAAUCGUCUGCUGAUCAGCCACGUAUCGCCACGUCUGCGCGCAUGCGCAGCGCCCUCACAUUUGUGUUCCGGGGUCGACCGUUCAGUGUAUACACACAGUACAACAACAAAAAAAACAUCACUGUGUAGUUGUUUUCAUUUUCUAUUCACAUAGUUAUCACACGGACCGGUGAGGGGGGAGUCCGGGGUUUCAUCCAGAAGGAGAGACGCUUUGAUUACCACCGAGAGGACGUCUGUAGAGAUGAACUUCUUCAGAGGAGUGAUGGGUGGGCAGGCAGCCGGGCCGCAGCCGUCCGGAGCGGAGACGAUCCACAAGUUGUGUGACCGAGUGGCCUCAUCGACGCUGCUAGAAGACCGCAGAGAUGCAGUCCGGGCUCUCAAGUCUCUCUCUAAGAAAUAUCGCAUGGAAGUUGGCACACAGGCAAUGGAUCACUUGGUUAACAUACUGCAAACUGACAGGUCUGACUCUGAAAUCCUUGGCUAUGCUUUGGACACGAUGUACAACAUCCUCUGCAAUGAUGAGGAGGAAGAGCAAGAUGAAUCAGAAGACGCAGUAACUCCUAUCUCUGCUUCAGGGAAGCAUAAGAAUGCUUCCAUGCCUGAUGAGACCGCCCAGAAGCAGUCGGAUGACCUGGGAGCCCAGUUCACAGAGCAGUUCGUUCAGGAUGCUGAACACGUGACUCUGCUUCUCAGUCUGUUGGAGGAGUUUGACUUCCAUGUACGUUGGCCCGGGGUGAAGCUGCUGACUGUUCUCCUGAAGAACCAGGGUGUCCAGGUCCAGGGUAUCAUUCUGGUCAGCCCCAUGGGUGUUUCCAGACUGAUGGACCUAUUGGCAGACUCUCGAGAAGUAAUUCGCAACGAUGGCUUGCUGUUGCUUCAACAGUUGACCAAAAGCAAUGCUGCCAUUCAGAAAAUUGUAGCAUUUGAAAACGCAUUUGAGCGUCUUCUCGAUAUCAUCACAGAAGAGGGCAGCAGCGACGGAGGUAUUGUGGUGGAGGACUGUUUGCUACUGCUGCUCAACCUGCUCAAGAACAACAGCUCCAAUCAGAACUUCUUCAAGGAGGGCUCCUACAUUCAGAGAAUGAAGCCCUGGUUUGAAAUUGGUGACGACAACUCUGGCUGGUCCGCACAGAAGGUCACCAACCUCCACCUCAUGCUCCAGUUGGUGCGAGUGAUGGUGUCACCAGUGAACUCUCCUGGAGCUACAGCCAGCUGUCAGAAGUCCAUGUACCAGUGUGGUCUGCUGCAGCAGCUGUGCACCAUCCUCAUGGCCACAGGUGUGCCUGCUGAUAUCCUCACUGAGACCAUCAACACCGUGUCAGAGGUGAUCAGGGGCUCACAGGUGAACCAGGACUACUUUGCGUCUGUCAACGCUCCUUCAAACCCACCGAGACCAGCCAUCGUGGUGCUGCUCAUGUCCAUGGUGAAUGAGAGACAACCAUUUGUGCUGCGCUGUGCCGUCCUCUACUGUUUCCAGUGUUUCCUGUACAAAAACCAGAAAGGACAGGGCGAGAUUGUGGCUACGCUGCUGCCCUCCACCAUUGAUGCCAAUUCCAUCUCAGCGGGCCAGCUGUUGUGCGGAGGCCUCUUCUCAGUUGACUCUCUGUCCAACUGGUGUGCCGCUGUGGCCUUGGCUCACUCCCUGCAGGACAACCUCACUCAGAAGGAGCAGCUGCUGAGGGUCCAACUGGCCACCAGCCUGGGAAAGCCCCCCGUCUCCCUGCUGCAGCAGUGCACCAACAUCCUCUCCCAGGGCAGUAAAGUGCAGACCAGGGUGGGCCUCCUCAUGCUGCUGUGUACAUGGAUCAACAACUGUCCCAUCGCUGUCACGCACUUUCUACACAAUCAGGAAAACGUUCCUUUUCUGACUGCUCAGAUCUCGGAGAACCUGGGAGAGGAUGAAAGGCUGGUGCAGGGCUUGUGUGCACUGCUACUCGGCAUCUGCAUCUAUUACAACGACAACUCGCUCGAAAACUACACCAAAGAGAAGCUAAAGCAGCUAAUCGAGAAGCGGAUCGGAAAGGAAAACUUUGUGGAGAAACUGGGCUUCAUCACCAAACAUGAGCUGUACUCGCGGGCGGCUCAGAAGCCGCAGCCGGUGUUCCCGUCUCCGGAGCAGAUGCUGUUCGACCACGAGUUCACCAAGCUGGUCAAAGAACUGGAGGGUGUGAUCACUAAAGCGGUUCACAAAUCCAAUGAGGAGGAGAAGAAGGAAGAGGAGGUGAAGAAGACAUUAGAGCAACAUGACAACAUUGUAACUCAGUAUAAAGAUCUGAUAAGGGAACAGGAUUCUCAGAUCCAGGAGCUGAAGGAGCAGGUGGCGUCCAUGUCGUCUCAGGGUGAACAGAUGCAGACUACUGUCACCCAGCAGCUGUCCCAGAUCCAGCAGCACAAGGACCAGUACAACAUCCUCAAGCUGAAAAUAGGUAAGGAGAGUCAGCCGAACAGCCAGGGAAACGCCUCUCAGGUGAACGGGCUGCAGACGGAGGAGCUCUCACAGCUCAGAGAGGAGGUGGAGGAGCUACGCAAGCAGCACGCUCUCCUUCAGACACAACUCGGGGACAAAGACGCACUCAUCGACACCCUGAAGUCAGAGACGGCAGAAGGUUCAGCCGGAGGAUCAGACAACACAGAACUGCUCAAGGAGCUGGAGGCUCUGAGGAGUCAGGUCCAGUCCCAGUUGGCAGAAAUCAACCAGAUGAAGACAGAGAGACAAGAACUGCUCACAAGAGCUGAAGCUGGGUCCCAGGACGCAGUCUCCAGCAGUGACGGCUCAUUAGACGCUGCCAAAAUGGCAGAAUUAGAGAGCAGACUGGCAGCACAGUCGACUGAGACACAGAGACUCAAGGAGGAGGCAGAGAGUUUGUCAGAGAGCCAGGCGGAGCUGGAACAGCAGCUGGCUUCAGCCACCAGCACGGUGGCCAUCCUGCAGACGGAGAAGGUGAAGCUGCAAACGGAGGUCCAGGAGUCCAAGAAGGAGCAGGACGACUUGCUGAUGCUGCUUGCAGACCAGGACCAGAAGAUCCACGCCCUCAAACUGAAACUCAAAGACCUGGGAGAGACGUUAGACUGUGACACUUUCCUUACAGGUGGACGAUGAAGACGAUCUCGACGGCAGGGACCAGACGGACGACGAUUACGAGGAUGAAGACGAGGACUAGAGGACAAAACACUGAAAGAAAAGAAAAGGAGAGAUGGGAAUAUUUGUCUGCCAACAGGCAAGAAAAGCAAACUUUGCAGAAACACACCUGAGAAACUGAAGAAUAGGACUAAUAUAUUGAUGCAGUUUCUCUCUCUAGCUGCCAUGCUGGCUCCAUUUUUCUUCACCCUCUGGUCACAUCACAUGUACAUGUUAGUUAUUUGGACUUUUCGGUGACAACUAAAAAAGAUUUGAACAUCGUCAGUGCAUUCAUCUCUGCUACUUUUACCGUCAGUUUGUGAUGGAUUUUUACCAGUCUUGUGUUUAUUGUCAUGUAUUGUCAUAUAGUUUGUAAUCAUAAGAAUAAAUACUAGGUUAAUAUUCACACACAAGACAUCUUGAAAAAAAAAUGUAGCAAAUAUGCAACUGUAAACGGAUGUGAUAUUAUUAUUAUUAUUAUAUCAUAAACAUGACGUAUGAUGCUUCUGCAGCAUUAGGGUCACCUGCAAUGUGUCACUGUGCGCUGCACCCCGAAUUUAUCUUCACACCCGAAUUAAUUCGCGUUUCGAGUAUUCUAGUAUUUCAACACUCAGAGUUGUUCCCGUUCACGACACAAUCCAACCGCUCUUCAAUAUGCUGCAAAACACUGACAGAAAACAUGUAAAGACAAAAAAGAUAUUUUUGCAACUUUUUGUCCAAUACUGGCAACCAGCUUCUGUAUGAUAUUGUGUAACUUAUCAGUUUAUGAGCCACAUUGAAAUGAAUAAAGAAUCUAUCAGUCUGUAUGCCUGAACAGAGGGAUAAUUGUAGAUAAAUUAAAUUUUACUAAAUCCACAA